UCCCCUGGGAUAGCGGAGCGGGGAGGCUUUUUUGCAGAAAGUCUUGCAAUUCCGAAGGCCCGGCCGUCGGGACAUCUGGAUCCCCCCAGAUCAGAAAAGAUGGACACCUUCAGCACAAAGAAUCUGGCUCUCCAAGCGCAGAAGAAACUCCUGAGCAAGAUGGCGUCCAAGAACAUGGCGAGCAUUUUCAUCGACGACACCAGCAGCGAGAUUCUGGACGAGCUCUACCGGGUCACCAAGGAGUUCACCCGUAACCGCAAGGAAUCCCAAAAGAUCAUCAAGAACUUGAUCAAGAUCGUCAUGAAGCUGGGUGUCCUCUACCGCAACGGACAGUUCAACGCGGACGAGCUGCUACUGAUGGACCGCUUCCGCAAGAAGGUCCACACCCUGGCCAUGACAGCCGUCAGCUUCUACCAGAUAGACUUCACGUUUGACCGCCGGGUCAUGUCCGGCAUGCUCAACGAGUGCCGCGACCUCCUGCACCAGGCGGUCAACACCCACCUAACAGCCAAGUCCCACAGUCGCAUCAACCACGUUUUCAACCACUUUGCGGACUUCGAGUUCCUCUCGGCGCUCUAUGGAACUUCUGAGCCAUACCGCACGCACCUGCAGAGGAUUUGCGACGGGCUCAACCGGAUGCUAGAUGAGGACAACAUAUAAGUGUAAAGACUCACGCUGGCUUGGGCAGGUUUUGUUCCGGGCGUGAGCCGGGCGAACAUCAAGCUAUGCCCGUCGACUUGGACGGCGUCCACUUUGUACCUCUGUCUCUCUACAGGGCUAAAAUCGCAUCCUCUUCCAUCGGUUUUGCAAUGUUUCGGGGCUCCUUGCUCAGACAGCGGCAGCUGGGAUCUCUCCCUUUUCCCUCCCCUCAGAUUAAAUCCGUUCUGCAAACAGCUUGC